UCCAGGGGGUCAAAGACACCUUCCCCUUCUCAGUCUAUUGAUGCUCUUCCUGUCUUUAGCUACACCUUCCUCUGAUCAGUGAUGGUGGCUAUAUUGUCCCCUUUAUGUCAUCUUUGCUAUGGCUGCCCUGCACUCCUCUAUCGGUGCCUGUUGGAUCUACAAAUGAAAAGAAAAAAUGGCAGAAAACCAAUUCAAUUGAUGUGGAGCAGAAGACAAGAAAUAAGAAGGAGAGUAGCACUUCAUCCCCCUCUCCAAUUCCAACUGACCGUUCUGAACGGAAUGCCUCCGCCACCUCUGACCCCUCACUCUCUGACCAACUCUCCUCCCUCUAUCCACCUCCCUCUCCUGUUAACUGUUCCUCUCAUUCUUGCUCUCCUGCUAAACAGCCCUCUCUCCCCAGGUCACCUGCCAAACACCCUUCCCCAGUGAAAUUCUCUCUAGUGGUGUCCUGCCCUAGUUCUCUCUCUCCUACCAACCCUCUGGACAGUCAUGGAGACACCAGCCAAGAGGGUGCAACAGUCAGACCUCUGUCUCUUCAGGACCACUCUAGCCCAAGGCCCCAGAGGUCAGGCUCAGGUGCCAGAAGCCAGACUCUUCCCAGGGCCAGCUCAGCCACCAGAAGGUCAGAGGAGACCCAGGGGGCCAGAGGAGAAACGGGGGCCCUGGUCAACAUGGAACUUCUUGGGUUGCCUAACAUUGGCAACACUUGCUUCCUAAACGCCACCCUGCAGUGCCUCCUGGUCCUGCCUUCCUUCUCAAAGGAAAUGCUACGCCAGGAACAACUCUGGAGCUCCUCCCCCUUCUCCAACCUGCUCAGUUGUCUGUCUGAUGUGCACCGAUGUUCGGGUCUACCUGACAGUGGCGUAAACCAGGCCUCAAAAGCAGACCUCAUGUGGAAGGUCAAGUACUCCUUGUCGGGAUAUGAUUUGAAGUAUCUGGGGGACACGCAACAGGACGCACACGAGUUACUUGUGAAUAUGCUGUGCCAGCUGAAGGAGGCGGGCAUGAUACUGAAGACACUCGGGGUGAACUAUACCUGCCCUGUUUCCCAGCUGGAGUUCCAGCUUGUCUCAGUGCGCACAUGUACCAGCUGUGGGCGCGAGUCGUCCACCAGAGAGGACUACAAUCACCUCUCAUUGGACAUCAGCUCUGAUCGCACCUUGCUAAGCAGCCUAGCACUCACUUUCAAAGGCGAAAAGGUUGAAUUCAGAUGUGCAGGCUGCAAGGGCCUCCACGCCUCAAAGGCGGAGCAGUUCCACACACUGCCUCUUGUGCUGGUUCUGCAUCUGAAGAGGUUUGGAGGACCUGGGGGGUUGGAGAAGCUGGAGGCUCCUCUUUUGUUUCCUUCGGAGCUGAGGCUCUCCACCUUCUGUGGGGAUACGGUGCCACCCCUGCACAGUGCCAGCCCACAGGCCCUCACCAACCAGACCCCCAAUAUCCAGGUGUCCAUCCACCAGACCCUCGCCAGCCAAGUCUCCAACCUACCUGGAGAGGCCAAAGAUAGCCCCCUCUGCUGUUCAGAAGCAGCAGCCAGUGAAGUCAGUGAUUGGCUACUACCAGCUGACUGGCGUAGUCUCUCAUUUGGGAGGCUCCGCAAACUCCGGGCAUGGGAGCAGGAGGCCCCAGCACACAGGGCCUAACAGGGCCACCGCCCCAACAGGGGCAGCACCUGGACCAGCCUCCACACACCAAGCUCAGCCUCAAAAGGCCCAGACUAAAUACCCUCAACCCAGCUUCAACAGGGGUAGUCCCAGGCCCAGCCUCAACAUCCUCAUAUCUUCCUCAACAGGGGCAGCACCAGGCCCAGCUUCAACACCCCCUGCCCAGCCUCAACAGGGGCAGCAAUGGCCCAGGCUCACAUCCCCAGCCCAGCCUCAACACCUCCACGUUUGCCCCUCUUCAUAUUUUUCCCUGACGACAUUCCCACUGCUGUGUCUAAAAAAAUAAAUCACUUGAGGAAUCGGACUUCAGACCCCCCCCUCACCCUACAGAAAAUGAUGACUGGUCUGUCUAUCAUGCGGCUCAAGGGAGACUUGAUCUUCAACACUAGCUUAGAGCAUCCUUUUCAGUAGCGUAUGUCAUAAAUAUCUGCCCUUGUUUCGACUACUUCGCCGAAUGUAUAAAGUGCAUGUAAAAAAACGAAUACAGUAUACACA